CAGAUACUUUAGGUAACUUACCGUCUCAGCUGGUUCGUAUUCGAUUUGCGCGACCAUAUCGACAGACGCUUUUCUUAUAAAUAACGGCAAUUUCAAUUCAUGCGGGUUAGUUUGUUUUUGGCAGCAGUGCUUUGAUUUCAAUUCGGUUUUCAAUUCUGCUUCUUUGUGGUAUACAUUUUUUUAUAAUACGGUGCAACGGCUUUAUGCGGCGGUAAAAUUAAUAUUAGUGGCUUUGUAAAAAACUAGUAACUUAAGGAAGUGCAGGGAGAAAAAGUGUUGAAGUGUAUAUAGAUACUAGUACGUGGAUAACGCAAAGUAAGACGGAAUAGAAAUUUGUGAAUUUCCCUAAACUAAAAAUUGAUUUCGUGAACAUAAAAUGGUUUGUAAAGUCAGCAUAUACAUCUUUAUUAUAUUAGUGUCAAGAAGAUGCCUAACUGAAGGAUUGAGUAAAAUUUCAAGUUCAGGAUACCAUAUUGUUCACAGUGAAAAUUCAUUCCAUCAAGCGUUUGAGUUUCAUCAAGGGAACGCACCACGCUAUCAAAGUCCACCUCCCCCACCAAUACUGCUGUCAAAUGGAAUACAAGGCACAACGUCUCCCGCGCAAAGCAACCCAUUUGCUCAGUUCAAUCCGGCUUAUGGCGCGCAUUUUCCUAUCGGUGGCGAAGCAAUAUGUGCCAUGACUCCAGCUAGAUGCGAGAAUUCGGCGUACCGAAGCAUGGAUGGAUCCUGUAAUCAUUUGGAUAAUCCACCGGUGGGAGUUGCCAAUUCAAGGUAUGGACGACUUCUAUCACCAAAAUACGGAGAUGGGAUUUCAUUGCCAACGCGUUCAAUAACUGGUGAAGAAUUGCCAAAUGCCAGGCUAAUUUCACUUGUUGUCUUCGGUGAAAUGGACGUUCCAGAUCCGCAUUUUACUCUAGUCAAUAUGCAAUGGGGCCAGAUAAUGACACACGAUAUGAGUAUGCAGGCUGGAGGAACACAAGCCAAAAAGCAUCCAACGCGCUGUUGUACUGACAAUGGUCGCCUAAUAGCAUCGAAUGAAGCUCACGCAACAUGUUAUCCUAUAAUUGUGCCACCCAAUGAUCCCGCAUACUCACAAGUAGGCACUGAGUGUCUGGAUUUUGUGCGUACACUAACAGAUCGUGAUAUUAAAUGUCUUUAUGAGCAAGGUCCAGCAGAACAAUUGACUGCUGUAACAUCAUACGCGGAUCUCUCAUUAGUUUACGGCAAUUCUAUUCAACAAAAUAGUGAGAUCCGGGCUUUUCAGGGCGGCCGUAUGCGCGUUGUUCAAAGGAAUGGUGCCGAAUAUCUCCCUCCAUCGCGCAAUGCUUCUAGCGACUGUGAUGCCGCGCCACCUGGUGAAGUCUGUUAUCAAGCGGGUGACAUUCGUGUGAAUCAAAAUCCCGGUUUAACUAUUUUACACACUAUUUUACUCAGAGAACAUAAUCGCAUUGCCGAUGCACUGGCUAAACUUAAUCCGCAUUACAAUGAUCGCACACUAUUUCAAGAGGCACGCAAAAUAAAUAUUGCUCAAUAUCAACAUAUUAGUUACUACGAGUGGUUGCCUAUAUUUCUAGGAGCCGAAAAUAUGUUAAAGAAUCGACUCAUUUACAAAACCUCAUCUCGAAAUUUCAUUAACGAUUUCGAUAGCUCAAUUGAUCCAUCUGUCUUGAAUGAACACGCGACCGCUGCUUUUAGGUAUUUUCAUUCACAAAUAGAAGGUCGUCUUGAUUUGGUUUCUGAAUUGCGAUCAGUAUUGGGAUCACUGCGAUUAAGCGAUUGGAUGAAUCGUCCAGCCAUUAUUGAAGUCGGCGACAAUUUCGACUCGUUAACUCGAGGUCAUGCGACACAACCCCAAGAGCUAACCGACAUCAAUUUUGACAGAGAGAUAAAGCAUUUCUUAUUGAGACGCAACAUGCCGUUCGGCGGUGAUCUGAGGGCUAUUGAUAUUCAGCGAAAUCGGGACCAUGGAUUGGCGUCUUACAAUGACUUAAGAGAAUUUUGUGGUGUAAAACGCGCAAAUAGCUGGGAGGAUUAUAGCGAUCUUAUUGAACUCGAUGUUAUUGAAAAAAUGAAAACCUUAUAUGCAAGCCACGAGGAUGUAGAUCUUACUGUGGGUGGAUCAGUGGAGGCUCAUGUGGCUGGCGCACUUGCUGGCCCCACGUUCCUAUGCAUUCUUACCGAACAAUUCUAUCGUACACGCGUUGGUGAUCGGUUCUGGUAUGAAAAUGGCGACCGAUUGACUGGAUUUACUGAAGAACAACUGUCCGAAAUUCGCAAAGCCAGCAUGGCUCGUUUACUGUGCGAUAAUGGCAAUCAAAUCGCAUCAAUCCAGCCCCAAGCUUUCAUAACCAUUUCUAAAUCAAACCCCGUUAUGCCAUGCGCCGAUAUUCAGCAAGUUGAUUUGACAAAGUGGAUUGAUCAGAAACCAUUUGUGUCAACUAGUGAUACUUUAAGUGGAAUUCCAUAUCAUUAUGGUAAAUGAUGAAAGUAAUGCACCAAGCUAAAUGCAACCAGAUAUUUUGAAGAGUAUUAUUCACAUAGAGAAAUUUUAACAAUUUGUUUAGCAUUAAAACGUGUUUAUUUAACGAUAUAUGUUUUAAACAUGAGCAUUUUUAAUAGUUUUAAUAUUACGUAAAUAACGUGCUAUCUUAAAUCUAUGGUUUCAACAAAAAAUGUUCUCAUAGAUUGAGACAUGUAUGCGGAGAAUUCAAGACGAACUCCUAAAAGAAUUUAUUAUUAAUAAUUAUAUAAUUUUUGUAGCAGAAAAUGUACGAAAUAUAUACAUACAAUUCUUUGUCUCUACGUAAACUAUAUUACCAAUAUAAAAUAUAUAUAUAUAUAAAACAAACGUUGAACAAUUAAUAAAAUAUAGUAAAAAUAA